AUGUAUACUUUCGGCAAUGCUGACCCCAUACCAACAAAAUGUUCGAUAACUACGUUGGACUUAUGGGAUAAACAAAAUAAAAAACACCGAGUUCAGUUGUGUGCUACUCCAUUGUUGGUUAGCAAAGGGAAAACGGCGCAACUUAGCGAGGCGGAUAAAGAAUUCAUUUCACGCAAUAAGCUACAACUAUCCAAAUCCUUGAGAAAUGAGGAAACUCAACCACAAAUUCUGUUAGGGUGUGAUCAACUGUGGAACUUCUUGGAGGUACCUAGUUCAAAAUUUUCCCUACCGUCAGGAUUGCACCUGAUCCCUUCAAAACUGGGAUACUUGAUAUGCGGGAAACAGCAUAGCGAAAAGUUUCAAAGCGGAGAAAUCAAGAAGCCUAUAAGCGCAAUGAUAAAUACUCUAGUCAAUUUUGAUGAUGAGCUCAAACAAUGGGAAAAGUAUUGGACGAUAGAUUCAUCGGGGGUGUGUGAGUUCACUGGUACCAAGAACGCCGAAAAAGCGGCGGUCAACAAGAAAGUGCAAGAAUUCUUUGACGAAACUAUUCAAAAAAGACCUGAUGGGUACUACGUCCGCUUCCCAUACAAAGAGAAUCACCCACCGCUACCUACUAAUGAAGCUAUUGCGAGAAAACGGUUGACUAGCGUUUUAUCUUCGCUGAAACUCAAACCAAAUAUACUGCAAGAGUAUGAGAAAAUCCUUCAAGAUCAGUUAGAGAAAGGAAUAAUAGAAGAAAUCCCCAACCAGUUACCAGCCCAAGGUUUGCUUCACUAUAUACCACAUCAACCAGUGGUUACGCCGAAGAAAGAAACUACAAAAGUACGUAUAGUCUUCGACGCCUCAUCACAUUACAAGCAAUGCCCAUCACUUAACGAUAUACUCCAUCAGGGUCCGCUUAUAUUGCCGGAACUGAUAACCUUGCUUUUACGCUUCAGAAUUCCAACUUACGCGAUUACAGCAGAUGUAGAAAAGGCAUUCCUUCAGGUUCACUUGCACGAGGAUGAUAGGGAUGUCACCCGAUUUUUUUGGGUUCAUGACGUUACACUCCCUCCUGAAGGUGAUAAUGUAAAAACGUUACGCUUUACCAGGGUCACCUUCGGAUUGAAUGUAUCGCCAUUCCUACUGGGCAGAACCAUACAAUAUCAUUUGGAACACUCAGAAGAAGACCAUGAACUCGCCCAAGAGAUUCGAGAAAACCUCUACGUUGACAAUCUCAUACUGUCGGCACAAACGUUAGAGGAGGCAAGGAUAAAAGCAUCGAGAGCCCGCGCAAUCUUUGAGCACAUGAAAAUGAACUUGAGGGAAUUUGCGUCAAAUGACACUCAGUUGAAAGAAACCCUGCCAGAAGAAGCAUGCGCAAAAACUACGACUAUGAAGCUUCUGGGAAUCAAAUGGGAAACGAAGUUGGAUACUUUAUCAAUAUGCUGCGAAAUCCCACCUACGAAAACAGUCACCAAAAGGAUCAUCGCGCGCCAAAUUGCAUCAGUAUAUGAUCCCUUUGGAUGGCUAACCCCACUUCUAACAAAACCAAAAAGAUUCCAGCAAGAGUUGUGGAAGAAAAAGUUUGACUGGGACAGUGUACUUCCUGCUCCUCUUGCCCAAGAAUGGAAUGAAAUCAGGCAGCAUGCACAUGGUUUUCAAAAAUCUUUCUCGAGACGAGUUCCACAAAAGGCGAAGUUGGCCAUUUUCGCGGAUGCCAGUGAAAUUGCUAUGGCUACAUGCGCCUACCUCUUUGGAGGGGAUACGGCUACCUUGAUCGCCGCAAAGUGCAAAUUUCCAUCAAUACAAGGGAAGACCACAAUACCAAAAAUGGAAAUGAACGCACUCACGAUGGCGGUCAGGCUAGCUCUAUCAAUCUUCAAUGCAAUUGGGAGAGGCAGCGACACUUGUUCUAAAGAAAUAUACAUCCUUGCAGAUUCAAAGAUAGCUUUACACUGGAUUUCUACGACCCAAGAUCGGAAGGGUGCAGGUGUCCUCGUCAACAACAGAGUAACGGAAGUAAAUAGAAUUCUAGAGGUUUUGCAGGAAGCGGGAAUUACAGUAUAUUUCAAAUACGUGCCCACAAGCGAUAACCCAGCAGAUGCAGGGACGCGGGGGCUAACAAAGGAACAAAUGGAAAACCACAUUUGGUGGCACGGUCCGGAAUUUCUCACGAAACACAGUUCCGAGUGGCCAACUUUAGACUUUCCCGUAACUAUCAAAAGUGCGGAGAAGAUAGCGGUAAUAAAUUCUAUCGUUGAACAGUCAAUGGGAUCAAGAUCAACGGAACAACUGGUGGAACUAGAUAGGUACAGCACCUUCACACAGGCUAAAAGAAUUACAGCUUGGUUACUACUAUUCCUUUUGAAAUGCAUGAGAGGUCUGCCGCCAGAAAGACGAAAACAAAUUGAAAACGAAUUGCUAGAGAUAUGCAAUUUGAAAAAUUCCAACCUACCCACUCACAUAAAUGCAGGACUAAUGAGAGCAGCGGAAGUACUGUUGAUAAGGGACCAUCAACGCUUAUUCUUGUCCAAUAACUACAAAAGAUCUAUGGAAAACACACUUCGACUAUUUCAAGACCAUGAGAAAAUCUGGAGAUCACAGGGAAGAUUUGCAAACUCCUCCCUAAAUCAAGACACCAAAACUCCAAUCUUUAUAGCGCCAAAAACUCAACUAGCGGCACUACUCAUGAAAGAAGCGCACGGGACAUAUCAUUUAGGAAUAGAACACACUAUCGCAAAAGUUCGAGAACACUAUUGGAUUCCAAAAAUUCGUCAACAAGUACGGCAUCUCGUAAGCACUUGCUUUCAAUGCAAAAAAUUCAAUGGUUUACCUUACCCCUACCCGGAUUCCGGUAGCCUACCAGAAUUUCGAACUCGACAGAGUCGAACCUUCCAGCAUAUUGGUCUGGAUUUCUUUGAUCUACCCAACAUACCAGAGGGAAAUGAUCAAACAAAGGCUUACGGGUGCAUAUUUACCUGCGCCACAACACGCUUGAUCCACUUAGAGGUGGUAAAGAGCAUGGCAACGACAGAAUUUUUGAACGCCCUCCGCCGAUUCAUAGCACGCAGAGGGGUCCCCGAUUCUAUAACAUGUGACAAUGCACCUACAUUCCUCUUGAGCGAAGCCAUCCUCACGGAUCAAGAGCUACCGGAUAUAAAUCCAGAGAUACUGAAAACGGCAACAAACCACAGCAUUGAAUGGCGACACAUCACACCCUAUGCGCCCUGGCAAGGAGGAUUUUACGAAAGGCUAAUCAAAUCCAUAAAGCACGCUCUCUACAAAGCCAUACAUCCAGCUAAUAUUUCUUCGUUUGAUCAUUUGACUACGGUGAUAACGGAGAUAGAGGCAUGCCUGAACUCGCGCCCCCUCACGUACCAGGGAUCAGAUCAAGAGUCCUUGAAUAUUAUACGCCCUAUCGACUUUGUGCAGCGCGAUGUAGUCUUGACGUUUCCUUACUCACAGAGUGAGCCUCCGAGUGACACCACAUAUCACACUCGGGAAGAAAUGCAAGCUCUAGAAACGCGAAUGCAGGCGGAAAAAGCCUUACAAGCCUCAUGCGCAAUCACGGAGAAAUUCUGGAAAAUAUGGCGAGAACAAUACCUCCCAAGCCUAAGGGAAAAACACAAGCAAAAUAUUUCAAGUAAACGGCAUUGCAAAGAAGACCCAAGGGUAAAUGAUGUAGUCUUGAUAAGUGACCCAGUUCUCCCAAGAAACGAAUGGAAAAUAGCAAGAAUCACGGCUCUGCGCAAAAACCUUAGAGGCGAAAUACGCGAGGCAGAAUUGAUCACGCACAAAAAACGAAAGUUGCGAAGGCCGAUUAAUCUCCUAAUCCCUUUAGAACUAGAAGACAGCCGGCCAGAGGAUGCACAACAAGAUAAUGAACAACACCCUUACAGGGAAAAAGACAAACAAACUAGCUCUCAUAACUACGACUUGCGCCCUCGCAAACCUAUAAGCUAUGUGGAUAGCACAGUAACCUCAGUGAUACAGGAGGCGAACGCCAAAAGCAAACCAAAAUGGUUCUUGUUUUAUUUGAUGCUGUUUUCCUGCAUCACGGGCAUACUCUCCUUUGAAGCAAAAACCAUCAGUUUGACUUGCGAAAAAGACGGACUAUUAAUCGAAACAUCAAAAAAUGUUACCGCAGAAAUAUGCGCGGAUAAUCAAUGUCGAUUCCAAAAACUACAAACAGGAAAAAUUCGAGUGCAGUUUUCACCAGGCAUUACUUUGCAUGAUCAUCUAGUCACCUUGAAAUGGAUUGACAAUGGUCGUACGUUAACAACACAGAAAGUAUGCGACAAACUAAGUUUUUGUGACAACAUAGAUUGCUGGUUUUGUGGCACAUUGCUACUAAACCCGGAAUGCUGGCCGAUAGGAGCCAUCAUUUCAUUAGCACUCAUACUAUAUGGAAUUAUCGCAGCGAUCUAUCUGGCACUGUAUGUACCAGUAACUAUCGGGAAGCCCAUAAGAGUUCUUUUCUGGCUGUUUAUGAUGAUAAUCAAACUCUUGUUGCUCAAGGGAUGGCAUUGUGUUCGCGCGAUAUUACGACAUCGCUACAAACCUCGACAUCGAUCAAGAACAGCACGCCUUACGGAAGCAUUAGCCGUAGUAGCAUUGAUAGCCUUCAUGAGCACAGCCUUCGCAUGCCAGCAAAUAGACGUUUUAGAACAUCGCUUGACCGUAUGCGAAAUAACCGACAGAAAGGAAGUAUGCUCUAUCGAAAUCAAAGAAGUUUUAAAACUAAGCACGUUCAAACAGCAAGCGUGCUUACGCCUGACAAAAAAUGGUUCCCAUAUAGAGAACAUAAAGGUGCGUUGGAAAGGACUCAGAUUAUACUGCGAUAAAGAAACGUUGUUUUUCACCAGAGCAUCUAACCUACAGGUCAUAGACAGUAAACGGUGCCCCCACAUGGGAUCAUGCACAGGAGAAAAGUGCGCCGCGAUUAACGCAAGCAGCAAAAUUCCUGAACUAGAGCAGGGAAAUCAGUUUCCGGGUCGAACGGGUUGUUUAGAAUCCUGUGGAGGACUCGGGUGCGAUUGCUUUUACCCAAGCUCAGGUUGUCUAUUCUACAGGGUCUACGCUACACCAAAAAAUUCCGACGUUUACGAAAUUUUCAGAUGCGAACGAUGGAGAGAAGACGUCAAACUAGACAUUUAUAUAGAGGAUUUGCGCUUAGGGAAACAACACUUUGUCGUCUCAGCAAUCCCAAACAUUCCAGUCCCCUUUCCAGACUUGCACCUAACAUUAACCUCCAUCUCAAUACCGCCCAUUCCAUCACUACAUGAUCGCUUUAUCACCAACGGCAUAGACACAGCCUUGUGGAAAUCCGCAGUCGCGCCAGAUCUC